AUGGUCGAGGCCAUUGGUGACCGGAUCGAGGCCAGAGUCGAUCCCGCUCAUAUUGACGGUAGCGGCGACCCAGUGCGCAAGCUGUCCGCUGAGGCACACCAUGUCAAAAAGCGUGUGGCCGAGUCUCCAGACCGAGAUGAUUCUGACCAGCAUGAUGGCCUUCCCACCCAGGUUGAGUUGGCUACGCUGCGUCGCGUGCCGGCGAAGAUCCCAUGGCGAGUGUACACGAUUGCUUUCGUCGAGCUUGUCGAGCGCAUGAGCUACUACGGCACUGUAGCGCUCUAUUCCAACUUCAUAGCAAAGCCGCGUAAGAAAGACGACGGCACUUGGGUGACCACUCCCUGGGGCGCCGCUCUCCACCCGAAGGAUGCCAACGCCACACCUGGAGCUCUUGGGCUGGGAAAGAAGCAUGCGUACAGCAUUGCGACCUUCAAUCAGUUCUACAUUUACCUGUGCCCUUUCCUCGGUGCCUGGAUCGCUGACACGUACCUCGGCCGUUACAAGACCAUCGUGUACUCGGUCAUCAUUGCGGAGAUUGGCCACGUGCUCUUGGUGAGCUCGUCGACACCGUCGUUGCUCGAUAAGCCGACGAAUGCGUUUAGCUUGUUUAUGUUCGGGAUACUGAUCAUGGGUCUCGGAACCGGAACGUUUAAGCCCAACAUCUCGCCACUCAUUGCGGAGCAGAUUCCCCAGGAUGUGCCGCGUGUCGACACUGACAAGAAAGGCCGCCGCGUUAUCGUUGAUCCCGCCGAGACUGCAACCCGCAUUUACAAUUGGUUCUACAUGUUCGUCAAUAUUGGGGCUCUGAUAGGCCAACUCUCCAUGGUGUAUAUCGAGCGAUACGUCGGAUUCUGGCCUGCGUUCCUUAUUCCUACGGCCUUCUUCCUGUUGGCAUUCCCAGUCCUAUUCUUCUGUAAGAAGAUGUACAUCCACACCCCACCGUCUGGCAGCGUGCUCGGCCCGGCUAUCAAGUUGCCUUGGCUUGCAAUGAAGGGCCGUUGGAGCUGGAACCCUAUCCGAACCUGGAAGAACGCUCGCAGUGGGUCUUUCUGGGACAGUGUUAAGCCGUCGCGUCUGGGAUCCGCAAAGCCGGCGUGGAUGGUCUAUGACGACGCAUGGGUGGACGAGGUUGCGCGCGGGUGGGCAGCCUGUGGUGUCCUUCUCUGGCUCCCGCUGUACUGGCUUUCCUACAACCAACUCAACAGCAACCUCAUCCAACAAGCCGACACCAUGCAGCUCCACGGCGUCCCCAACGACUUGCUCCAGAAUCUCGACCCAAUCGCCAUCAUCAUCCUAGUUCUUCUCCUCGACCUGCUUAUCUAUCCAGCUCUUCGCAAGGCAGGCAUCCGGUUCACGCCCAUCAAGAAGAUCUUCACGGGCUUCAUGCUCGCCACCGCAGGUAUGGUCUGGGCCUGCAUCAUCCAAUACUACAUCUACCGCAAAUCUCCAUGUGGAAUGAUGAUGGAGGAAAACGAGUGCCGAUCCGACAUCAACGUGUGGUCCCAGACAGGCGUUUACAUCCUCAUCGCAGCUUCUGAGAUCAUGGCGUCCGUCGUGUCUCUCGAAUACGCCUUCACCAAAGCCCCCAAGAGCAUGCGCAGCCUUGUGCAGGCGUUCAGCUUGUUCACUAGUUCGCUUUCGGCGGCGCUGGGCGAGGCAUUCACUCCUCUGUCUGCGGAUCCACACCUGACGUGGAACUAUGGCAGUGUUGCUAUUAUCUGCUUUGUUAGUGGGGUAGCGUUCUGGUUCACGUACCGGGACAUGGAUAAGGACGAGGACCGGCUCAAUAUGCUACCUAGCGGAAAACAUCUCGGUGCACCCUCUGAUGCUGGGACGGGGACUGACGUCGAAUUGGCGCCUGCCGCUAAGGCGUAA